ACUCUCUUUUCCCUAAUUUCUUUCUUCCUUUCGAAAACCCAUCUGAAUCCCUAAAUCAAAAUCCCCAAAUCAAAAAUCUAGGUUUCUUCCUUUCUUUCGAAACCCAAAUCAGAAAUCCCCAAUUUCUUUCUUCCUUUCGAAACCCAUCUGAAUACCAUCUGAAUCCCUAAAUAAAAAUUCCCUAAAUAAAAAAUCUGGGAAAUCUCCGGCUCCUCUUUAAUUUCUUCCUCCAGUUUUCACUUCUGUCCCUUCCUCUCAGGGAGGCCCUGAUCUCGGCACCAAGUUUUAACAGGAAAAAGCAGUUGAAUGUGCGGUCACCUGAAGAGGAAUCUACGAGCCAUGCGGAUUACUGGUAGGGUUUUUCAAAAACCCUAAGAAAUCACAGGGAAUCGUGGAAGACAAUCGGAAUCAGAACGAAAAAUUGGAUUCCGUUUUGGUUUUAGGAUGGAUUUGAAGUUUCCGGCAAUGAAAUUUGACGAGGAGAAGCGAGGGUGAGCUCAGCCGCCUGCUGCAGUUGACUAAAAAAAAAAUUCAAAAUAAUUUUGGCUGCUUGCGAUGCUGCAGAUUAAGCAUCUUUUGUUUUGGAGAUUCUUAAAGAGGAACAAAACUCAGAAGGAUCGACAUCAAUUUCAGAAACUAAUGGCUCUCAAUCAGCAAGAAGAUGUUGUACCUCAGUUCGACAAGAACACAUUGGCAGCCGAAGUAUCAGCAUUCUCUUCCUACAUGCAAGAGAACAACCGCCCCAAAAGUCUGCUGCAGAGCGAUGCUCUUUUCUAUUACAUACUUGAGACUAGCGUCCUUCCUAGAGAGCCUGAAGCCUUGAAGGAGCUCAGGGAGCUGACCACAAAACACCAAUGGAACAUCAUGGCGACACCACCAGAAGGAGGGCAAUUCCUAAGCUUGCUACUUAAGCUUAUCAAUGCAAAGAACACAAUGGAGAUUGGAGUUUACACUGGCUACUCUCUUCUCGCCACUGCCCUUGCUAUCCCAGAGGACGGCAAGAUAUUGGCCAUGGACAUCAACCGGGAAAAUUAUGAACUGGGUUUGCCUACCAUCAAGAAACAUGGUGUUGCUGAUAAAAUUGAUUUCAAAGAAGGCCCUGCUCUUCCUGUUCUGGAUCAAUUGAUUGCGGAUAAAAAGCAGGGGACAUUUGAUUACGUGUUUGUCGAUGCUGACAAAGAUAACUACCUUAACUACCACAAGAGGCUAAUCGAGCUUGUGAAGGUUGGGGGACUCAUUGUCUACGACAACACCCUGUGGCACGGUUCUGUGGCAGUGCCGCCUGAUGAGUCAAUGCCCAAGUUCUUCAUGUAUUAUCGGCAUUUUGUGCUGGAGCUCAACAAGGCCUUGGCGGCUGAUCCAAGGAUCGAGAUGUGCCAGCUUCCUGUUGGCGAUGGGGUCACUCUGUGUCGUCGCAUCUACUGAUCUAAUAAGAGGACGAGGUAGCUAGUGCCGGUCAGUUAGACAGGCAAAGCCGUCAGCUAUAUGAUGAUGUAUGAGACUCGUGUGUGUGCGCUAAGAUUCACAAGUACUUUUUCUUAUAAUAUAAUGUAAUGUUAAAC